AUGACCAUCUAUCGGGACAACUGGAGCGACUUCGACAUCAGCAACUCCAGUGGGUACCCGGACUAUGAUCGUGACGAAUCCUUCAGCGUAUACUUCCUCGAAGAACUGGUGCCCGUUGCUGUAAUCUAUGGGAUCACACUGGUGGUGGGACUAAUCGGCAAUCUUCUCAUAAUUUACACGGUGAUGAGCUUCAAACGGAUGAGAACCAUCAGCAAUGUGUUCCUAGCUUCACUCGCGACUGCGGACUUACUUGUGGUGCUGAUUUGUGUUCCAGUUAAAUUUGGACAGCUUUUCUCUUAUUCUUGGACGUUGGGAGAAUUUUGUUGCAAGUUUGUUCACUACGUCCAAAACGUGUCAGCUAUAUGUUCCGUUCUAACCCUCACUUCUAUGAGUGUAGAAAGGUACUACGCCAUCAUGCAUCCGGUCAAGUCUCGUUACCAGUGCACAAUGAGUCAGGCCAGACGCGUCAUCAUCGUCAUCUGGAUCUUGUCCGUUCUGACGGCUAUUCCUAUCGUAUUUGCACAGAUUCAUCUCGAAGUCGGAGAAAGAUACCGAGCCUAUUGGUGCGUACGCAAUUGGCUACAACCCUGGUUAUGGCGUCUGUACGAAGUUUACAUGAUGCUGCUGAUCCUUAUCGCCCCAUCCGCAAUCAUGCUCUUCGCUUAUUGUAAUAUAUGCCAUCAGUUGUGGAUUGUGGUUAAAGACCGAGCUAGUAUGGCUUCUGGUGAAAUGCCCGUCACCGAAAUAGCUUUGAAGGAAAGUCAUCCGAGAAAUCAAUAUUCCACAGAAAGCAAGCAGCGUCUCAAGUCAAAACCGAUGAUGCAAAAGUUGGAGAGCGACAACACCACAGUGAAGCAGGUCAUUAAAAUGCUCGUUGCUGUAGUGGUGCUAUUUAUUCUUUGCUGGGCACCCAUUCUGAUAACGAAUCUUCUUACGGCUUUUGAUGUGCUGGAUCGCCUCAAUUACGGUUACCUGAAACCCAUGCGUACAGCAUUCCAUCUGAUGUCCUACUUCAACAGUUGCAUCAACCCUUGCGUCUACGGGUUUCUGAGCGUCAACUUCCGCAACAGCUUUAAAGCCGCUCUCCUUACUUGCAUCUGUGGUAAGCGGCAGAAAAUACGCGAAGAAAGUAGAUUCAGUCGUACCGGUACUACAUCGGUCAGUUUUGCAAGGUCUACUUUCAUCACAUGA